UCUAAAUUUCUAAGUUAAGUCUAAGUUAAAAUUUUACAACACUUGAUUAAGAAUUGGGUGACAUACAAGACCAAUGGCAAUUUUCGUACUCUUUAUAUCAUUUUCUAAUCAAGUCAGUCUAUAAUCUUGUCCUAAAUGUACGUUUGUGAAUUGUUUAAUUCGUAAAUUACUCUUUUAUUAAAUAAAACGAUAUUUCAAUAAAAAUGCGAAGCAAUUAUAUGAUUACAAGAUUCAUAGUUAGAUUAUUCUUAAUUCCACUACUUAGUCUUUCCAUAACAAGGUAUAUCUACUUGGCAGGAUCAUUUGUCACAAAUAGUGUAUUUUUUGUAUUUAUUUGUAUUAUACACGAUUAUUAAUUUACGUAAAUUAAGUUUUGAAUUGUUUGAUUGGAGACAUGAAAAUAGUCUAUGUAUUACUGUGUAAGAAUUUUCUACAACUAAAUAAACUUGUUUACUGUAAAAAUAACCUAACCGUGGUAACAUUCACGUAAUGAAGAACAAAAUAAGUGAAUUCAAUGUCUUCUACAUAAUAAAAAUUAUGAACAUGCGUUACGCUUAAAAACGAAAUGUAAUUAAACCAUAAAUUAAUGUCAUUCUUUAUUAUUAUCUAUGGAAUGUGAAAAUAUACAAGCAAUAAAAGAGACUCUAGAGGACAUGCUAGAGGCACUAGAGUCACUAGAAGUUGAAAAACCAUCAGCAAUGAAUGAAACAACCAAUACCCAAGCAUCAAUGGAUUUUCAAAAAGUUGAUAUCUCUACUGAAGAAUUAGAGAUAGACCUUGCAGAGAAUUUAUCAAAAGAAGAAAAUAAUGAACAUUUAUUAGAUCCAAUAAAAGAAACUGAAGAAUUAGAAGAUGCAAAACUAGUACAAUCAAGCAACAGGUUUUAUUAUAAUUGGAAUAAUCCACCAAGAUUAUUAUGUGAAGCAAUUGAGGAGUAUCAACCUACAGAAUCAUAUGAGAACUUUACGAAGGGUUGUCACUGGUCUCCAGAUGGGACUUGUCUAUUAGUACCUUCUGAAGAUUUUAGAAUUCGUGUUUACGAACUUCCCAGAGAAUUAUAUUGCGAAAAAAUUCCUUUAAAUCUGUCAUCUACCAAGUUGUCAGCAGCAUUAACUGCAAAAGAAGGAGGACUUAUAUACGAUACUUGUUGGUAUCCUUUUAUGAAUUCAUGGGAACCUGCAACUUGCUGUUUCUUGAGUACAAGUAAGGAGAGUCCCAUACACUUAUGGGAUGCUUUCAAUGGUGAAUUGCGGGCAACAUAUAGAGCUUAUAAUCAAGUUGACGAAGUAGAAGCCUCAAUCAGUAUCCAAUUCAUUGACUCAGCUAAGGAAGUGUGGGCUGGUUUUAAAAAUGCUUUAAGAGUUUUCGACAUGGAACGCCCAGGUCGUCAGAUAAAUACUAUACAAUUUAAGAAUGACUUUCCCAAUAUAACAGGAUUAGUUUCAUGCAUUAGAGAAAAUCCAAUUAUGCCAGGAUUAGUCGCUUUUGGUACAUACUCCAAGUACAUUGGCGUAUACAAAGAUGGUCCACUAUGCAGUUUUAAAACAGGGAAUGGUGUGACUCAAAUUGAAUUCAGUCCUUGUGGAACCAAGUUAUUUUCGACAGUACGACGUAACAGUGAAUUUUUAUGCUGGGACUUACGUAACCCGGGCACUGUACUCUUUUCCCUACAGGGACGUCAAUCUGAUACAAAUCAAAGAAUUCAAUUCAAUAUUAUGCCCGAUGGAAAGAGCAUAGUCUCAGGAGGUACAAACGGAGAAAUGCUGGUUUGGGAAAUACCAGAUGAUUUAAAUUGUGAAGACAUAAAUGUAGCAUAUAAGAUAAAUCUAUCGCGUGAUUGUAUAAAUGGAGUAAGUCUACACAGAAGUUUACCAAUCGUUGCUCUUAGCACAGGGCAAAGAUUUUGUGACAGUACAAUACAAACCAGAGACAACAGUGUCCGGCUAUGGCUUUUUUCUUAAUGUGACGAUACAAUAAAUAGUUGUAAAUACAAGUGCAGAAACUGCAUAUAAUUUUUACGUAAGAUUACAAAUUGAUUGUAGGUUUUUGCAUGUACUACUUUUAUACCAUUUUAUGUGUACUAUGUUCCUAUUGAAAUAAAAAAUAUUCACGUUCGGCUCGUUGCCGGCUA